CCGCGGAUGCUGGAUCACUUCAAGAAUUGGGUGCUGGUGUUGCAAUCUCAACUUCUCGAAACAGUAUGUUAUGCAACAACCAGCCUAUUUCCAAGCUCAUUGGUUCCAGGCCCCUAGAGUAGGAAUUCCGUGGCUCCAGGUUGGUUCUCCAGGUUCCAUGGCUCCAAUCCCCUUAAGUCCAGGUCCACUGGCUCCAAGUUGAGUGGGUCCAGGUUGAGUGCGUCCAGGUCCAGUGACUCCAGGUCCAGUGGCUCCAGGCUACAUGGUGUCUAAGGUCCAUAUUCCGGUUCUUGUUUCAAGACUCUUGUUCCAAGGCUCUUCAUCCAAGGCUCUUGCCUCCAGGCUCUUUUCCCAGGCUCCUCUCCGGAUUCUUACGAUAGCUCUUUUCUCGCCAACCUUUCCCAGCAAAGGCUCUGGCUCCUGUCAGCUACGCUCUCGCUCCACAGAGCUCUCCCCUAUAUGGCCAUAUCCCCUCCGGUGGGCACUGUCCGUAAAUGCGGCUUGCUUGCUACCGUUCUUGCUCCCAAGACAGCUGCCUAUGUUGGCCCGUUGCAGCGGCCGACGUCGUAUUCGCAGCUCCUCUAGCUCCUGCUACAGCGCUUGGAGAGCUACCGAAGUCUCCGUCAUCCGAUGGCGUGGCAUCACGAACCUUCGUCAAUCACGUUUGGUGGCGAUACGGUCCCGCCUUCGUUCCUAUCGAGCGGCAUUCGUCCAAAACAGAGUCUGGUGUCGACGGUUGAGCACAUACGUAUAUCGCACAAAUGAACCGUUCGCUUUCGGCUCCCCAAUGAAGCUGGUGGGAGCUGCCUUUCGUGGAGUGCAUCAAAGCGGCACAUUCUGUGAUUUGUGCCUUGUGGAAAGAUGAUGCUGCGCCGGACUUUCGCCCACGUGCCCAGGAGAUCGCAGACGAACCGUGGGGCCGACCUCGAAUAGGUACUGGUUGUGGAACAAGGCAUCGAUCCUCAGUGGAAAGAGAGAUAGCAUCGCACAUCGCAGCCAUAGCCCAUGAGCCAAUGUUGCAGACACCGGCAGUCAAUCAGCCCAAGUCGCAGGCGGUUUCCUUCCUCUCAUGGUUUUCAUUACAGCUUCGGGAGAACUCCGCUCUCGCAGUACGAAUAUCAGCAGUCGAUGGG